AGAGGGUUACGUUUGUCGGCAGUAGACAAUAUUUGCGGGAUAGUCGACUAGCGAAGAUCGCUUCUCCAAGAAGCUAACGUUUGUCAGGUUGUUUUCACGUUUUUCUGAAACAUUUGGAUAAAAGAUGUGAUUUGCCAUGAAUAACCAAGACAUCAGUGACACAUAGAGACAGUUACAGCUUUGAACCAAACUCAGGAGAUGCGAAAGAGACAAGAUAUGUAAGAAACUUCUAGAGGACACAAGAAUCCAUGAUGACAGGAUACGCUGAAAAAAUUGAUCAGCAGUUGGAGAUCCUGCGGGCUAAGGAAGAGUACAACAAUGAGGAAUCCAAGAAGGCCGUGCAGGCUAUUGGUGAGCUGUACUGGCAGAAGAAGCACAAGGAAAGAGUGACCAAGAGGGCCAUCGCUGAUUACCUGGCCAAUCAGGGAGCUGCAGAAUUGUUUGUAAAGAUGAUGACCUCCCUGGGUAACCAGGGCCUGUUUAAGGACAACGUUACGUGGUAUGCCGCGUACUACACCUACAACACGACCUGGAACUUCAGCGACGCCAGCAGGCUGCUCUGUCGUAAGCUUGGCGAAGCUGGAAUCGUUCGACUAUUACUGGCAAAUGCUGGGCAUGAACCAUUCAGGGAAAACCUUAAGAGCAAGAAUGUGUUACAUCUGGUGAAAUCAUCUAUCAGUAUCCUGAACAACAUGACAAAGUGCCCAGAAACAAGACAGUACUACCAGGAGGGAAAUGCAGUAGAGGUGUUACUGCCGUACAUGACUUGUUCAGAUGCCUUCGUCAAGUCUGUGAGCAUGAUGACCCUGGCAAAGAUUAUUGAUGAAGAGCAGAGCGAUCUGUUAGCAGAGGACACAGGUGCAAUUGAUUUUCUGGUUAAAAUGCUCGAAAGAGCCCUUGGAGCAGCCAACAGGAGAGCACGUGGGUUUGGUAUAGCCGAGCUGUGUGAGGGGCUGGCAAAGUUAGCAGUGAGUGAGAACAACAAGAAAAAGAUCGUAGACAAGGGCGCCCUACCCCUGCUGGUAAAGGUGUUUGAGACAGGAAGCGACUUGCAGAAAGUUGAAGCAGCAAAUACGGUGUGGACGCUUGCGUUUGAUGAUGAUGUCAGGGAGAAAAUAAAGGCGGAGCCAGAGCUGGUGCCCAGUCUGGAGAGAUUAGAGACCAGUACCAACGAGUCCCUCAAAUCUGCUGCUCUCGGUGCAUUAUGGGUCAUCAGGAAAACGGGAGAAGAGAGACCAAAGACUGCUGCUAAAAAAUCCAAAGAUCGUCAACUGCCACAUGUCAUGAUCAGUUACCAAUGGGACCACCAGAAAAUUCUCAUCAGCAUCAAGAAGAAACUACAGGCUGCAGGUUUCAAGGUGUGGAUGGAUCUGGAACAGAUGGGAGGGUCCACUCUACAGGCCAUGGCUGAGGCAGUGGAGAACUCAGCUGUGGUUCUCAUGGCCAUGUCACACAUGUACAAGGAGAGCCCCAACUGUAGAACCGAGGCUGAGUACACAUUCCAGUUACGUAAGGACAUCGUGCCCUUGAUGAUGGAGUCCCACUACAAGCCUGACGGCUGGUUAGGGAUGAUCCUGGGAGCCAAACUGUACAUCGAUUUCAGCGGGAAACAGGCAUUUGACUCUGCCAUGGCGAAACUUAUCAAGGAGCUGGGGGUGCGCGGGAGGGAAGACACGCAGACAGAUGUUGUAGUUGCCAGGGAGGCAGCAGAGGUUGGAGCAGGCGCCCCCGUACCUGCAGCCAUGAUGUCAUCACACCCCCUGGACAGGGAGGCAGAGUUUCUAACGUGGACUCAGGAAGACGUGGCAAAAUGGCUGGAGAAAAAUGACUUGGGAAGCUUCAAGAGUGAGUUUUCUGAGUAUGAUGGCAAACUCCUGAGAAGACUUCAAGGUGUAAGAAGUGAGGCUCCUGAGUUUUUCUACACCAUGCUGACAACAAAGAUGGGAUUGAAGACCAUGCCGGACGUCCUAAAGUUCACCGAAGCUCUCGACAACCUCACAAUCUAGUUAGCUCUUGUUGAUUACAUCAUGAGGACAGGCCAACAUAUUAUGAUAAGUAUCAUAUAAGGGUAAAAAAUUGGAGAGGGAUCCUAAGGACAACAUAUAGAGAAUACAGCAGGGGGCUUGUGGUGGCUAUACCCUUCCCCAUGAAUUUGAAGUGCUUAGUAAAGCAGAAAAGAAUUUGGUAUGACAGAGCUUGUUGAGCAAAUCUGCCAUCUAUACUGCAGGCAUCUAGGUAAGCUCACCACGCACCGGGCCAUUGGAACAUUUUUUUAUAGUAUUUAUCAACUUAUUGUGGCAUUGAAGGGCUGAGUGGCCAUGUGGACAUAAUUUCAAGAGGUUUCAAUGGGUUCCCGGCAUUUCUGGCUAGAUGAUGUCUCCUCGGGAAAGGCACUUAACAUUCUUCACCUCACCCAGGUAUAAAAACGGGUACCCAAUCAAAAUGUUGUGUGAGGAGAGGGAUCCAAUAUCAUGUUAUAGACACAGCCCUAGUUCCUACACUUCAAAAAGGCUAUGGGACUACCUUUAUUACCUACCUUUUCAUCAGCUGUACUGUUUUAAGUCACUUCAAUCACUUUUAUCACUGAUCAUGAUGUGUCUUCUACCAUAUGGCUAAUGAAAGUUUUCAUAACAAGGAAGGCAUCUUUACUGAAAAAAAAUGCUUAAGGUAGCUUAGGGAUUUGUUUUUUGUCUUCCAAGGAUACCCAAGCCUUUUUAUAAUCUGCACCCAAGGCAUUUAAAGGAAUACUUUUUUUCAAGUAAUCCAAUUAGACAUAUCUUUUAACUAACUCAGGAAAGCUAGGCUUUAGUAAGGGAAUGUAGACUGUAAACUGAAUGCAUUUAUUUUAGCUACAAUGAUUAUUGACUCCGGCUACUGCCAAGUAAAAAUUAAUGGAGUCAUCUUCUUACCAGUGUGCUGUUUAUAAUAGCCAGUAGUCUUGCAAUGCAAUUGGUGGCAGCUCACAUUUUAAGCCAAGCACACCAGGUCAUACUUCUCUCCUUGAUAUGUGUAUGUGUGCUGGGUUCUUUAUCAUGCAUAGCUUUAACAUCUGAGACUUUCUUGAUGGAGGACCAGAGAAUAACGGACCAUUAAACAGACAAUAAAAGACAAUCAUGAUAUAUAGUAUAAUUGCAUCCACUGAAAGACAACAUAGAAGCUGAUGAAAAACGUAUACGCACAUGCUUGCAAAAUGUUGAACCAUAGCUGCUGUGAACCUUAAUGAGAUUGCUUGUUACAACUCAUGAAGCUUAGUCCUUGAAUGUUCCAUCAUCAUCUUCACUGUUGCCACAUGUUAGUUGUUGUUGUUGUUGUUGUAGCAUUCCUUUUAAACAUUUGCUGAUGUGGUCCAUCAUUUUAUCUCCUUUGUCUCUUGUCAGCUGCUAGUCAUUGUAUUACCUCAUAUUCCCACCCCUCUGAUGUUGGAAACUCUAUCAUACCAGUGUUUUCCAUGUAUCUUUAAAUCCUGGACAUGAUAUGGUCUUGUAGUUCAAUUGAAAUUACCCUUUUGUGCAGUGUAUUAUUAUUUUUUUGUUUAUUUUGUCUGUGUUUGGGGGAUAUCUUUUUCACAGACACUAUAUUUAUUAUAUUGCCAUGGUUUUAUUAGUAUUUUGAAUGCUAAAUGUUGAUACAUUAAUCAAACCCUAUUCCAAUUUUGUAUUAACGAUCCCCAUUUAACAUUAGGGGUUCCAUAAAAUGAAAUUUCUAUAAUGCUAUUUUCAAAUUGAUAAUUUUGAAAUUGCUGUCUUGUGCAAUACCAAAUGUUGAUAAAAAGGUUUACAAGGAAAUUGAAUUUUGCUGAUUUAAAUUUGAUGUUUUGUCUCUGACAAUAUAUGAGAUUACCUUUAUCUACCACUGGUCUAUUUGAAACCCUCAGAAGCAUUUUCAUAGAUAAUUUCAUCAGCAUGAUAAAUAAUUAGGUCUAACAGUUGAUAUCUAACCAAAGUAAACUUACCUAAUGCAAUUUUUGGUAGCCCUUCUGUUACCUUCCUAAAGGCAGAGAUGCCUGGAGUUACUUCUUGCCACUGGAUGGCGCUGCUGUAAGAAGGAUGCCGUCCCAAAUGUGUCUAAGCUUGUAUCCCCCUCAUACUAAGUCAUAGUCAUACUCAGGAAUAUUGUUUGCUGCAUUACACAUGUGUACUAUGCAGUUCCUCUAUGUACCUUGAGAUUUUUAAGCAUAAAUUUAUAUUUUGAAUAUUUUAACAGUUCAUACACUGGCCUAUUAUUGGAAAGAAUAUGAAAAGAUAACUGUUUUGAUUUUAAAAAAGGCUGGUAAAACAUGAUGGUAAAUAUUCAUUUAGAUUUUACGACUGUUGAGCUUAUUGUACAGUAGAAAAUUUUUCAAAGGUUUAUUUUUGUACUUUCUGUGUGCUUAAUUAGUUAAAGACCUAUGCAAGUACCUAGUGUAAUUAUGUAUAACUAUGCCAUGGAUUUAGAGCAAUUAGAUAUUGAUAAUUGAAUAUUGCUUAUCACUUAUUAUUAAAACUAUGUACAAUUAGCAAAUAUUACGCACUGCAUUUGAAUUGAGAGACUUAAUUCAAAUUUGCAUAUUAGCAAACAGCAAAUGAUCACAUGAACAGUUUUGUAGACUGUAGGUCAAGUGAUUAUUGAAGUUUUAAAAAACUUUUCAUGUUGGUCUUUUAUGUAGUGUAAUAUUUAAGUGUAAAUAUACCACAUUGGCAUUGAAUUGAAUGCAUAUGUGUGUAAUAUAGCUUGAUAGAGUAUGUACAUAUUUUUUCACAUUUUGGGUUUACUGUAAAUGUGUAAUUGCGACUCUCUUCAUCUUAUAUUCAAUGGUGUGUAUGGAAAGUAUGAUAAAUACGAGUUUGAUUGGCGUCAAAAGAUCCUAGCUAGAUAUAGCAGUAGCAACAUAGAUUGUACAACAUAUUAUUGUUUUAAAGGGCUGGAAACUUUCUCAGUAACAAAAGAUGAUUACUUAAGCCCAUUUGUCUUGAAAAUGAAGUGUUGUGAAUCAAAAUCAUGACUACCGCACAGUCGUAGAAAUCAGUGUAUUCUGUGACAUAGAUUAAUAUAUCUCUCUAAAUCAGUCUCUGCAGUACAGCUACAUAUCAAAACACUUGACACUGACUGCUUUGAAUAAAAACACUCACACAAGCUA